AUGGAGGAGAAUUGCCAGAGGCUAGAGACUAUGAAAGCCGACAUCCUGGCAGCGGUGGAUGAGAAGCUGUCUGGGAGGAUAAAGGUCGCCCAAGCUCCGGUCGAACAACCCAACCCGCCAACUGCCCCGCUUUUCUCCCAACCUUUCGCGUGUGACAACUCCCCAGAUGCAGCGCUCGCGGCGGCCGUGAACAUGGUCGAGAGAUGGGGGUUUGCAGGCCGACAGGAGAUGUUGGAGUCGGAAGGACGUACAGAGACGGGAGUGGAACGCACCAGGGUUGGAAGAGAGGCGCAGAUGGGACGUAGCGAGCACACGGCGGUGACCAGUGUGGGGCGGGCAGAUAAGGAUGUAGAAAGGGCGAAUGAAGAACGUACUAGUGAGGCUGCAGAGCAACAGCGGCGCAAGGAGGAUGCAGAGUGGCAGAGAGCGCUCGAGGAGGCGCAGUGUGCUGUUAGAGAGGCGGAAGAGGCGAGACUAAGAGUCGAACAGGAACGGGUGGCAGCGCAGAGGCGAGCAGCGAGGGCGGCAGCACUUUCGAUGGCAGAGGCAAGGCGGAAACGCCUUGAGGAGGAUGCUGCACGGGAGAGGGCAGAAGCGGAACGACGGCAUAGGGAAAUGGAGAUUGAGCGAAAGCGACUUGAGGACGAGCUAGCGCGUUUGGCAAUGGAGGACGAGCAAGAUAACACGGCAGACUUAGGGCUGCAAAGCGAUCACAUAACUUCACAUGUUGGGCGGCAAGAGGUUGGGUCCGGUCUGCUGGUGUCGUAUUUCUGGGGGAAGCUGGUGGAAAAUUGGGAGUUCGUGCUUUCGGUGCAGAGCGGGAGACCAUUUCCUGGUCUUGGCAAAGGAACAUACUCGAAGGAGGAAAUACUUGCCUGGCUGAUAACGACAUGCCGCGAUCAUUUCGGGGGCCCCGCGAACAAGCAAGUAGCCGACCUGGUAGAGUUGGACGACGAUGCGGACUCAGACUCUACGUGCGAUUUGCGAUCUGGGGAAGACGAGGAAGAGGAGGAAGCCGCGGAGGCGCAUGCCGACACAGGGGUCCGUGCACCGUCUACGUUGUUGCUAACGCGGAAGCCGAGGACGCGCCAUACCCAGUCGGGCCCUUCAAAUGUGUCGGUGUUGACCAAGGGGGGUAUGUCAGAUCCUUUGCAGAGCACAGAGGCGGGGACUAUGCACAGCAACGACGCUAAGUGUGGGUUCAUGAAGGGUGCUCUACAAGAGGCCGAAAGACUAAGGGUGCAGCGGCGCAGACAGGCGGAAGGGACUUCACAAGAGGUGAAGUUGGGAGAGCAUGCGGCGGCUCGGACGAUGGCUGGAAGUAAUGUUGAAAGGCCGAUCGAGCAGCGCAGACAUGGCGGAGAGUCAUCUGCAAAAAAUUUGAAGAAGCUUCCUGACGCCGACCGAAUGAGUGGACCGCCGGAGAUCGCGGCGGAUACGGAUGCGUCGAGAGAGAGGUGUGAGAUGGUCGGUGUCGAUGUUGAGGCGCUUCAACGGUCCUUGAAGCCGUUUAUAGAGCAGUACGUCGAAGAAUUGAUAAUGCGGGCGGAAGAGAAGCAGGUGGCUGAUACCACAGACCAUCAACGGCAGUUUGCAAAGGCGCUGAAGGAAGAGAUAAUGGCCGCUGUGCACGGGAAGCGAAACACGGGGCGAGAGGUGGAAAUCGGGGGGGCUGGCAUGCUGCAUUCGCCUCCAGCAACGGCCGCAGGUGUUUUGUUGGCGCCUUCAAUUCCAGAUGCCGCCCCUUCCACCCCCCUGCAGCAUACUAACAUCCAUGGUAUGACUAUGGGUGUUUCGGUGGAUGUUGAAGCGGUAGAUAAGGAAGUACAAAAAGGUGGUGAGAUCGGACAGCCACAGACAGGUGUGGGCAAAGGGAAGGUGCGAGAGGGGGCGAAGGUGGUAACGGGGGAACCAUUGGCGCACGCGGGUAUGGAGGGUGGUGCAGAAGGUGUCAGAGAGGACGUGCAGAUCAUGGAAAGAGGAGGCGAACACGACGAGGUGGAAGAGAAAGAACACGGGAGCGCGGACGGCAAGGAGGCAGAGAGGGUGGAGGAGACUUCUGGUGAAAAGAAGAAUGCGGAUUUGGUCGUUCAACUAGCAGACAUGGAAGCGGAAGAGAAGCGUCUGGCAGCGAAGGAAGAGGAGGAGAGAACUCGGGCUGCGGAGCGUAUGAGGGCUCUGGCGUCGGAGAGGGCGCGACUAUCUGCUGCACGACUUCGACUGAUGCAGGAACGGCAACCGGAGGAUCAUGGUGCUGGAAAGCCGGCAAUGGAAACCUCUGGUGAAGACAGGCUUCGUCAAAUGCCUGAACAUUCAGAGGGUACACGUGGGUUGAAAAGGGGGAGGGAUGUGGAGGCGGACCAGAGCGAGUCGCAGACAGGUGCAGAUGAAGCGAUUGCUAGUGAUGGGGACGGGAUCGGAGAGGGCAAGAGAGGAAAUGUUUGUGUUGUAGCAGACGGUCUCGGUAAAGUGUUCGGGGAAGAUAAGCCGUACAAAGCAGGUGGGUUUUUCAAGCGGAAGACGGGAACAGUGGGAGGCAAGUACUGCUCCGAGCAGACAGUUGGAGGGUGCAAGAGAAAUCUGGGAAAUUUUGAAAGCGAGCGGAAUAGUAACUUCAGCAUCGCCAUCUGCUGGAUGGCAUACACUCCAGAUGCGGACCUGCUCGCCUACGGCAUGGAUAAGGAGGAUGUCCAAGCGUGGUCGGCACAUCUGAACCUUGCCAAGCAGCUGCCGACAGGUGUUUGGAGCGUUCUGAACGAGCUGCACAUUUCCCGGAUUGAGAAGUGA